UCAAUAUCAUGCAGCAAGCAGGGAACAGGACUCAAAGAGUCCUGUUCAACCGUGAAAAGUUCGGAAAUGACAACCUGUUUAACACAGUGAAGGUCGGAUGGGUCUUUGACUCUAAAUUCAUCAAGUCAGGUCCUAACUCAGUGUGUGAAUCCCAGCCUGAAAAGAAGCCAGAAGAAAAUAAAACUAGAAAUAUCAGACAGAAGAUCAUUGAGCAGAUACAGACUCAUAAUCAAAAGGGAAACAAGGUGGCUAUCCUUGACUUCACUGAUUUUGAGAUGAAGGACAAGUUCGAUAUCAUCCGGUCACGAUCUAAUAAGGACUUCAAAAGGAAGUAUAUGAAGACAGAGACUCCUGUUAUUAAUACUGUUUAUACACCAAAAACCUCCGUACCAGAGUUGAGGUCAGUUCAAAACGAAAGAAGAAUGCUCUCCCCUAUUUUCAGACAAGCCCCUCUGGUUUUGAAAUCUAAGAAGAACAAAUGAAUGUCUCCAAGAAUUAUUAGAAAUGAUAUUAAACCAAGAGAGCCUCUAAAAGAAUACUCAAAGUUACAAUUUGAUCUGGAAUUUCAGCAUGUAGACCCAAGUGUGAAAUUUACCCAAGCUUUAAUGAAUCAAAAGCAGAAGAACACCGAAUCUUGCAUUAAGUUCCAGUCAAAUGUGAACACCCUCCUUGAAGAGGUAGAAGGAGUCCAGAACUUAGGAAGGAAGCCAUUAGUCUCUGACAAAAAUAUUGGAUCUUUAAGACGUUCAAGAGACCUUAAUGAUAAAAUGGUUGAGAAGUACCUCCCAACAUUCGAGAUUAAUAACAUAAAGGAUCAGAUAAAGAUCCAAGAGAUGCUCAAUAACAAAAUCAAUGAUACCAAAUAAAGAGAUCUUACGUCUUGAGAGCAUCCCAUAUUUCGAUCAAAAAUUAUCAAAAAGGACCAAAUCCAAGACAGUCAAAUUACUAAACAAGCUAACCUCGCAGAAGAAGCCCUAUCACAAGUAUCAAUUCAUCCCAAAAAGACUCAAAAGAAACACAACUUUCAAAAAAAUGAUGAGUCAAGAAAGGCCUUAA